GGGCGGGGGGAGGUGUACAGAACACACUCUCGGCCAGAGCCCACCAGAGGGCAGGGGCGAGGAGCUGCGCCAAUCCCGGGGCCGGAGGGGGGGCGGUACACCGGGCACGGCGCCGAGGUUUCGAGAGCCAGGCUGGAGAAGGGAAGCUGAGCUGGCCUGGCUGGGGAGGAUGGAAGACGGGGUGGCCAGGCCCUCCCCCUCCUAACGCAGCCUCCGCCCCUGCCCAUGGAGGCUGACUCAGCCCGUUCUUGGGCCUGGAACCUUCCCUGUGCUGGACCCUAGGGCUUUUGUCCCCAGUGUCAUGAGGUCCGAGGGGGCGGGGACGCUGCUGUUAAAAGGCCCUGGAGAUGGCUCUGCGGGCCUCAGAGCCGCGGCCCAGAUGCAGCCCUGGACACAGCCCCUCGCCCAGGCCCUGCCUUUCUCCUUCAGAAGGGCCCUGUGGGGCACCAGGCUCCGGGCGCCAGUCCUGAAGAUGGGCACAGGAUGGGAGGGCCUGCAGCAGAUGCUGAAGGAGGUGGCCUACAUCCUCCUGUGCUGCUGGUGCAUCAAGGAGCUGCUGGACUGAUGCAGCCGGGACCGCCCGCCCCCCGCC